GAGGGGAAAAUUUCACCACUGGAAUUUUCAAUUGACAACUUAAUAAUUUCACUUUAAAAAACCAUGAUAUUAUUAGAAUAUUCAGGAACAUGGAACUGCAUGCAUGAAGACAUGGAGAAAGAACUGAUGUUGGAAUCUCAGAAAGUAACAUAUAAAACAACUGCUCUGCUCUCACUUAUGGUACACACCUGGUUAUUUUUAUGAAUAUUAUGGAUCAGAACAAUGACGAGAGCAUGAAAUCCAGAAUUUCAAAGAGUUUUCAGCGAUACAAGCCCACUUCAAUCAAAACCUUUGAUGACUCAGACAUAGCCAGUAUGACUUCCAGCAAAGAGAGCCGCAAGGAUGUACCUAAUGCCUGUAACGGAGGACUUGUGCCUAGAACUGUCCCAUCACAUCUUUUAAUGAUAUCUAUACUAGAACAAUUGUGUUUUAUGUAUGCUCAAGAUGAAGAAAAAGGGAAAGAACUGUUCAAAGCCAUAAGCAGCCAUCUUGCCCGACUGAAUGUUGUACCAGCGUUGACUACUAUAGAUGAGAUGUACAGUGUUAGAUCACAAUACAGACUGUUUAUGGACCAUGUAUUACACACAGCCAUGCUGAAAAUAGACAAGACCAGGAGAGCUCUUCCUUCACCGACAUCACCCAUGGAACAGAUUAAAAGACUGAGUCCACAGACUUCUAUGGUACCUACUGAGGAUUUACUACAGAUCCAAACAUCCAGAUAUAAAACAGAGUUCUCAGAAGAAGAAAAGAUAGGCAAAGGAGGCUUUGGAUCUGUCUAUAAGGCAAAACACAAAUUAGAUGGGAGAUUAUAUGCCAUAAAAAAGAUAAAGUUCAAGCAUUCACAACCAGAUGUCUGGAUGAAGGUAUUGAGAGAAGUGAAAGCUUUGGCCAAUCUACAGCACCCUAACAUAGUAGGAUAUAAUGCUGCAUGGUUGGAAUAUUCAACAGACUUCAGACCUGAUAUUCCUGGUACUAAAGUUGUAUCUUCAGAGGAGAGUAUUUCCAGUAGAGAGAGCAGAAUAAAUCAUUCCAAAUCUACAGAUUUUGGUGACAGCAUUAUAUUUGAUUCUCAUGUUAAAUUUGACAAUGACUAUUCAAUGGACAACAACCCCAGCAGCCUACCUAAACUGGUUGAAUUAACAGAUGGUUGGGAACCAGUUGAAAUCGUGUCACAGUCUGAAUACUGUGAAGCGUGUGAAAUGCUCAGAGGGAAAGAAAGUAAAUACACAAACAGUGGUAGUGGAGAUAAAGUUAUUCAUAAAACUGUUCCAAAACAUAGCUGUACUUCAAAAUUCUUUGAAUCUGAGUUUAAUGAAAAGACAAGUAAUUUUGGACAAGCAUGGGACGAUGUAUCACAUAUUGAUACCUUCUGGGAUAGACCUGGUAGAAUUAGGAGGAGUAUCAGCUGUGAUUGUUUAACAUGUAAAAAUAAGUUACAUGACCAUUCUCAUGAAAAACAGGUUAUGUUGGGCUACCAUCAUUACAGUGAGGAUAACAUUCAUUCCAGAAUUCAUGUAACAUUAUUUAUACAAAUGGAAUUAUGUAGUGUGACACUCAGGGAAUACAUGCAGAAAAGAAAUACUCAAUGUUCAUCUUUUCUUGAGUUUAAGACAAAUGCAGCAGCUAACAUGAGGAUAUUCAAACAGCUAGUUAAAGGAGUAGACUUUAUUCAUUCCAAUGGUCUGAUACAUAGAGAUCUGAAACCCAGAAAUAUAUUCCUCCAAGGUCAUCUACUUCAUGUAAAGAUAGGUGACUUUGGCUUAGCUAAAGAUGACUUGAGAAAUUCUGGACGAGAGGAUGCUUUGUUAACACCAUCACCCUUGGAAUGUCCAGAUAAAUUUUAUUGGGAUACACAUACAACGGGAGUUGGAACAUCAACUUAUGGGGCUCCUGAACAACUGCAGGGAUCUGUUUAUACUAAUAAGAGUGACAUAUACAGUUUGGGUGUGAUAUUAUAUGAAUUGUUUCAUUGGUUUAAAACUGACAUGGAAAAGUAUAAAAGUUUAGAAUUGCUGAGACAAGGAGAAAUAGAUGCACAGCUUAUACAACAUUGGCCAGAACAAGCAAAGGCUGUGAUUCAAAUGACCAAUAGUGUGCAUUCAGACAGACCAACAACAAAGGAAUUAUUACAAAGUGAAUUGUUUUUAACCAAGGAACAGAUAAUACUGGAAAUGCAGACAAAGAUAGACAAUCAGGCAACAGAAAUACAGAAGUUAAAAGACAUGCUGAAGGAAAGAGAUGUACAAAUGGAAAUUCUUACAUCUUCAUUAACAUUAGAGCAGGCUCGGUUACCACAUAAACCAAUGACAAAAAAGGAUAAAACGUGAUGAAGCUAAAAAAGAACAUUAUCUUUUGAGAAUUAUAUUGAGAUUUAAGUAUGUAAACAAGUUUUAUUCCUGGUUUAAAACUGUCCAAUAGCCUUGUGUAACAAGGAUGACUGAUAUCAUUUACUGCAAACAGAAGUUCUUUGAAAUAACUUAAAAAGAUUGCCACAACUACACUACAUGUAUGGAUAAAUUAUGAAAUGAUAAAACAGAAAGAUUUGCUAUUUUUUACUUUAUACUUGUAUUGGCAUUGAGUUUGUCUUUUUUCAGAUUUAUACAAUAUACGACUUCAUGCAGGCUUUUUUCCGUAUAUCUUAGGAGUUUUAUCUCAUCAACAUCAACCAUGUAUUUUUGAAAACUUUUAAGGUUUGCAUAAAGAAAAAGCUGUUUAAUAUUCAAAUCAGUAUUGUAGAUAUGUAGAUAAAUUUUUGAUGAAAGAAGACAGUGUAUAUAGUGUAUGUGUCUGCUCAAUGUUGAUGGCCUUAUUGUAUAUACAAUGUACCACAAAGUUAUUCCUGUUCAUUUAACUUAUGUGAUUUCGUUACUUAGUUAAAUUGAAUAGACUUGAUUCAUAUAUCAAACAAAUUUGUGAGAAAGAGAUUAGUUUAUAAUAUUUCUAAGAAUGAGCCACCCAAUGAUUCAGGAAUUAAUUCCUAUUAAAUAUAAUGUGUAUAUUUGUUAUCAUUUUGUUAUAAACAUAAUCUUUCUAAUGGUUGUAUUUAUGUUUUUAUAUUUAAGAAAUCAAUUGUUUGAUCUCAUAAAUCGAUUGUUUUUUUUAUGCCCCAUUUAUGGGCAUUAUAUUUUCUGGUCUGUACAUCUGUUCGUCUUUUCAUCUGUCCGUUCGUUUGUUUGUCCAUCCCUCCUUCCAUUUGUCUGUUUGUCUGUCCCGCUUCAGGUUAAAGUUUUUGGUCAAGGUAGUUUUUGAUGAAGUUGAAGUCCAAUCAACUUGAAACUUAGUAUACAUGUUCAUCAUGAUAUGAUUUUUUUCAUUUUAAUGCCAAAUUAGAGCUUUUACUCCAUUUUCAUGGUCCAUUGAACAUAGAAAAUGAUAAUGUGGAUGGGGCAUCCGUGUACUAGGGACACAUUCUUGUUUUAACUUUUGAUUUUGAAAAUUGAUCAGGCUCUGUGUUCUGUAAGUAGAUAAAAAUAAAUUCUACCACUGCAUCGAGUAUAAUGACUAUAUUUCUCCUUUUUAUUAAUGUCCAUCCCCAAACAAUAGAUGAUGUUGCUUGCCAUGCCAAAACCUUUCUAGUACACCAUAGGUUUUGUCAACUGUCCACUUUAUACCAAUAAUUGUAAUAGUAUUAGAGAAAUUAUUUUUUUUCUUGUCAGCUAAUGACUCAAGUAUGCAUUUGCCAGUUGUAAUAUUUUUUUUUUAAAUGCUCAAAAAAGAAAUGCUCUUUUCAAUUGUUUUUGUUUUGUCAAUUCUUGCUGUCACAAUGAAAUUUUCAUUUAAAAAAAAAUAUUGUGUGUGCCUUACGAUUAUCCAUAUUCAUAUUGAAUCCAUAUCAGUCCCAAAGUCGGAUUUUUUUUAAAAAUUUUAUUACAUAAUUAUAAUAUCUGGAGUCUGUUUCACAAAAAAAACCUUUUGACUUACAUUGAUCGAGUAAUUCAGUAUACUUACGAUCAAUAUUAGUCUCAAGUUUUUUUGUGAAACCUUCUCCUGGUAUUAACUCUCAUAGAUGAUAGCGUUUAGAACAGUUUCUUAUUAGAUUAGAAAGUCAGUUUCCUGAAAACCCAGGUUUUAUCCAUCCCCGAAUAAAUGUUGCACCAAUGUCAAAGCAAAAUACCAAGUACGAAAGUACAUGGAUGAUACCAAGGUCUUUUUAUGGAAAUUGGUAAGAACAAAACACAAGAAUUAAAUUUUGCUUAUGAAUAUUUAAUAAUGCAACAUCGUGUACAUAAAUAUUUAUGGCAAAAAUAAAAAAAUGUGUUUUAAUUCAUGUUGCAAUUUUCUAAUAAAAACUUUGUAUUAAUUUCGAAUUCUGAAUUUAAAGUAAUCUAUAAACAGAAGUGAUAUUUUUUGUUAAAAAUAUGUUUUGCAUAUAUAUAUAGCUAUGUUUUAAUUUUGAUUUAUUAAUAUUAUUUUGACAAAUAUAUUAUAUUUGUAUGAUUACUAUUAACAUUAGUUUCAUGUAAAAUGACUAUGCCAUUUCAGAUUCUGAUGUUGAUAGUAUUUUCCCUUUCAAACAUUUUGAAUUAAAAUCUAGUUAGUAGAAGAAAAUUCCUCUGUACCUAUCUACACAUGUUUAUAUAGGAUUGCUACUAUAGAGUAUGCAUACCAGUUUCAGCUAGAUGUGUUGUUACCCAGUGUAUAUAUGAAAAUUGUCAAUCUCACUUCACGCUUAGACCCCAAUGAGACCCACUUUCUUACUUUAAUCUCAUCUGGAUUUAAGAUUCAUAAUUAUAAGUUAUCAUUCAGAAGACUUCUAUCAGAUUUAUAUCGUUUCACCACAAACAGAAAUUCUUUAUUUCUUCUGACUAUCAUAACUAUGGUACAUACAGUUUUGCUUGGUCAUCAUUAUAAAAUUAUAUUCAGGAAUCAUACCAAAAAUAUCAAGAUUCUGUUGUGGUCCUCAUGAAUAUGGUUUUACUAUUUUUAUACGACCGCAAAUUUUGAAAAAAAUUUCGUCGUAUAUUGCUAUCACGUUGGCGUCGUCGUCUGCGUCGUCGUCGUCGGCGUCCGAAUACUUUUAGUUUUCGCACUCUAACUUUAGUAAAAGGGAAUAGAAAUCUAUGAAAUUUUAACACAAGGUAUAUGACCAUAAAAGGAAGGUUGGUAUUGAUUUUGGGAGUUUUGGUCCCAACAUUUUAGGAAUUAGGGGCCAAAAAGGGCCCAAAUAAGCAUUUUCUUGGUUUUCGCACUAUAACUUUGGUUUAAUUAAAUAGAAAUCAAUGAAAUUUAAACACAAUGUUUAUGACUACAAAAGGAAGGUUGGUAUUGAUUUUGGGAGUUUAGGUCCCAACAGUUUAGGAAUUAGGGGCCAAAAAGGGACCCAAAUAAGCAUUUUUCUUGGUUUUCGCACCAUAACGUUAGUAUAAGUAAAUAGAAAUCUAUGAAAUUUAAACACAAGGUUUAUGACCAUAAAAGGAAGGUUGGUAUUGAUUUUGGGAGUUUUGGUCCCAACAGUUUAGGAAAAAGGGGCCAAAAGGGUCCAAAAUUAAACUUUGUUUGAUUUCAUCAAAAUUGAAUAAUUGGGGUUCUUUGAUAUGCCGAAUCUAAAAAUGUACUUAGAUUCUUGAUUAUUGGCCCAGUUUUCAAGUUGGUCCAAAUCUGGGUCCAAAAUUAAACUUUAUUUGAUUUCAUCAAAAAUUGAAUAAAUGGGAUUCGUUGAUAUGCCAAAUCUAACUGUGUAUGUAGAUUCUUUAUUUUUGGUCCCGUUUUCAAAUUGGCCUACAUUAAGGUCCAAAGGGUCCAUAAUUAAACUAAGUUUGAUUUUAACAAAAAUUAAAUUCUUGGGCCUCUUUGAUAUGCUGAAUCUAAACAUGUACUUAGAUUUUUGAUUAUGGGCCCAGUUUUCAAGUUGGUCCAAAUCAGGAUCUCAAAUUAUUAUAUUAAGUAUUGUGCAAUAGCAAGUCUUUUCAAUUGCACAGUAUUGUGCAAUGGCAAGAAAUAUCUAAUUUCACAAUAUUGUGAAAUAGCAAAUUUUUUUUUUAAUAAGAGUUAUCUUUCUUUGUCCAGAAUAGUAAGCAAGAAAUAUCUUAUUGCGAGAAUUUUUUUUAAUUCGAGUUAUCUGUCUUUGUCUAGAAUCAACUUAAAUCUUUGUUAUAUACAAUAUACAAUGUAUAUUCACUUUUUACUACCAACUGUUAAAUUUAAAUGAUCUUUACCAUUCAGUGAUAACAAGCAGUUUUUUUACAUCUUAAUAUUUUAUGAUGUAUUUAAAUGAGUAGUUAUUGUUGCAAACUCCAUUAGAAUAUUUUAAUUGAGAUUAGUUUUGGAAUAAGGGAAAGGGGGAUGUGAUUAAAAAAAGGGGGUAAAUUUUUCUCAUUUGAAAUUUCAUAAAUAAAAAGAAAAUUUCUUCAAACAUUUUUUUGAGAGGAUUAAUAUUCAACAGCAUAGUGAAUUGCUCUAAGAGAAAACAAAAAUUUUAAGUUCAUUAGAACACAUUCAUUCUGUGUCAGACUAUUUAAUCACAAUCCAAAUUUAGAGCUGAAUCCAGCUUGAAUGUUAUGUCCAUACUUGCCCCAACCGUUCAGGGUUCAACCUCUGCGGUCGUAUAAAGCUACGCCCUGCGGAGCAUCUGGUUGCCCUUUGUAUUGAAUUGUCCUCAACCUAUGUCGUCAUCAGA